AGAGGAAGAAGAUUAGUUGCACAGCGCUGUCUGUUGUUUUGUUGUGGUGCUUAAUACAAACUGUUAGAAAAUAGAAUUGAUGUAAAUAAAAAAUAUCAGGUUAGUUAAUACAUGUAAUAUUCUCAUAAUCAUAGUCGUGUCUACGUUUUGAAGCAAGGAGAAAUAUAUCGGGAAAAGUAUAAGCUAAAGAUGGUGUUUGUUAAAGAGGAGAUUGAGGAGAACACGAGUGAAAUAAAACACGAGGAACCAGAAACCUGGAGAAUAAAAGAAGAGGAACCAGAAACCUUGAUAAUAAAAGAAGAGGAACCAGAAACCUGGGAAAUAAAAGAAGAGGAACCAGAAACCUGGAAAAUAAAACAAGAUGAACCAGAAACAUGGAAAAUAAAAGAAGAGGAACCAGAAACCUGGAGAAUAAAACACGAGGAACAAGGAGAGUUUAUUGAUGAAGGUGAGGAGAACAAAAAAUGGAGUGAAGUUGAGGAAAAAACUGGAGAAAAACCUUUGAGUUGCUCUCAAACCAAACAGAAAGAUCUAAAGAAAAGCAGAGCCAAGAAAACUUUCACAUGUAAUCAAUGUGGAAAUAGUUUUGCACACUUAACAACCCUUAAGAGACACAUGAGAAUCCACACUGGAGAAAAACCUUAUAAGUGUUCACACUGUGACAAGACAUUCAGAUACUCAUCGCAUCUAAAAACACAUAAGAUGUUCCACAAUGGAGAAAAACCUUAUAAGUGUUCACACUGUGACAAGACAUUCAGAUACCCAUCGCAUCUAAAAACACAUGAGAUGUUCCACACUGGAGAAAAACCUUAUAAGUGUUCACACUGUGACAAGAGAUUCAAUGGGUCAAAAGACCUGAAAACACAUGAUAGGAUCCACACUGGAGAGAAGCCUUUUAAGUGUUCACACUGUGACAAGAGAUUCAAUAGGUCAACAGACCUGAUAACACAUGAGAGGAUCCACACUGGAGAGAAACCUUACGAGUGUUCCCUUUGUGACAAGAGAUUCAAACAGUCAUCACAUCUAAAAAAACAUGAGAGGAUCCACACUGGAGAGAAAUCUUAUAAGUGUUCACAUUGUGACAGGGGAUUCAAUAGGUCAACAGACCUGAAAACACAUGAGAGGAUCCACACUGGAGAGAAGCCUUAUAAUUGUUCACAUUGUGACAGGAGAUUCAAUAGGUCAACAGACCUGAUAACACACGAGAGGAUCCACACUGGAGAGAAACCUUACAAGUGUUCACAUUGUGACAAGAGAUUCAAACAGUCGUCACAUCUAAAAACACAUGAGAGGACCCACACCGGAGAGAAACCUAAUAAGUGUUCACAUUGUGACAAGAGAUUCAGUAGGUUAGUAGACCUGAAAACACAUGAGAGGACCCACACUGGAGAGAAACCUUAUAACUGUUCACACUGUGACAAGAGAUUCAAUAGUUCAUCAAGUCUGAAAAUACAUGAGAGGUUCCACACUGGAGAGAAAUUGUACACAUGUAAUCAGUGCGAGAAGUGUUUCACACGCUCAUUACAACUUAAGGAUCACAUGAACAUCCACACUGGAGAGAAACCUUAUAUGUGUUCACACUGUGAAAAGAGAUUCAAUAAUUCAUCAAGUCUGAAAAUGCACGAGAGGCUCCACACUGGAGAGAAACUGUACACAUGUAAUCAGUGUGAGAAGUGUUUCACACGCUCAUCAAAUCUUAAGAAUCACAUGAACAUCCACAUUGGAAAGAAACUGUUCUCAUGUGAUCAGUGUAAUAAAACAUUUUUGACGGCUUCAGACCUGAAGAAACACCUGACAGUUCAUACAAAGGAGACGCCAUAUUCAUGUUAUUUGUGUGGAGAGAGUUUUUCACAUUUUUCAAUUUUGAAAAUACAUCAGAAAACACAUACUGGUGUAAAAAAGCACAAGUGCUCUGAGUGUGAAAACACUUAUACUUCAGCGGGUGGUUUAAAACAGCAUGAGAGGAUCCACACUGGAGAAAAACCUUAUGAGUGUUCACACUGUGACAAGAGAUUCAAUCAUUCAACACAUCUGAAAACACAUGAGAGGAUCCACACUGGGGAAAAACCUUAUGAGUGUUCACACUGUGACAAGAGAUUCAGUCAGUCAGUACACCUGAAAAUGCAUGAGAUGACCCACACUGGAGAGAAACCUUAUAAGUGUGCAUACUGUGACAAUAGUUUCAGUCAGUCGUCAAACCUGAAAACACAUGAGAGGAUCCACACUGGAGAGAAACCUUAUCACUGCACUGAAUGUGGGAAGCACUUCAGUCAUUCAUCUGCUCUACACAUACAUGCAAAAAACUAUCACCGUAAGGCCCCUUACAAACAGAGAUGCAUUUAGAUGUACAUGUACAAAUUUUGUAUCCUCUUGGUGUGUCCUCUAGAGGGAUUCUGCGUUUUGGGAGCAUGAAACUGCUAAUUUUUCUUAACAGGUCCCAGAGUGGAUCAAUCUGAAAAUGACACCUUUUGCAUUUUUGUGUGUAAAGCCAAUCAAAAUAUUUUGUGAAACAAUGAAGUAGGGGUGUGUGAUUUGGUAAUUUUUGAUUAUUAACAAUAAUAAUGCGUUUGCACUCUGCUUUUGAAGAAAUGUUGUAGUAUCAUGCUACAGUGUACAUUGUCAGCUGCAGUUCUUAGGGUUGCCACCCGUCCCUUAAAAUAUGGAAUCGUCCCAUAUUUGAGAAUAAAAUAGCGCGUUCCUUUUUGAAUCGAUACGGGACGGGGUUUGUCCCGUAUUUUCGGUGUUGUCUUCAUUGCAGCAUCUCAUGCAGAUCAUCCCACAGGCAUUCUGUGAAGACUAGUCCUAUUCUGCCCCUGAUUGAGUAAUACUCACUGCCAUCGGUGGAUUGAUUGGUCUGUUUCAGGUUCACGGCCAAUCUGAGUCAGAGGAGGGCGGGUCUCUUAUCAGAGAGUCGAUUUGAAAGAAUGGAGGAGGCUGAUCAAGAUACGCCCCCGCCCCCAGCGUCCAGAGCUGAAACGAAAGCGGAUGCAAAGGACCGACAAAAUUGGGAAGAAUCAAAUCCUUGGCUGGAAAGUGUGUAAAGCACAAUUUGUCGACGAGUUCUCUGUUUCGCACGGUGGCUUGUCAGAUGUGUGACAGCAUGCCUCGGGAGAACAACAUUCAUACACUUUACAAUAAGGUUCAUUUAUUAAACAUUAGUGGAUUAACUAACAUGAACUAACAAUGAGUAAGCAAUACAUUUGUUACAGUUAUUAAUCUUUGUUAAUGUUAGUUAAUAGAAAUAAAUCUGUUCAUUGUUUGUUGAUGUUAGUUCAGUGCAUUAACUAAUAUUAACAAGAUUUUAAUAAAGUAUUAAUUAAUGUGGGAAUUAACAUGAACAAAGAUGAACAAUUGCUGUAUAAGUGCAGAUCAUCAUUAGUUAAUGUUAAUUAAUGUAGUUAAUCAAAUAAAGAAGUGAAGUCUGCACACUGAGAACUACUGCUCCAGAGGAAUUUAAUUAAGCUCAAGCAACGUUGCGACCUUCAGGUCUUCAUCAGGCACAAUUAAUGUAGUUAACUAAUGAACCUUAUUAUAAAGUGUUACCGAUUUGUUUAUUACGAUUAAGGUGUACAGUCAGACCCAUAAGCAUUAUUUUAAUAAGAGAUAAGAUAGAUAUAUUUAAUAAUAAAAAUAUAUUGCCUAAUUGAAGCAAAUAAACAACUAAUUUAAAUGAUUGCAUUCUUCAAUAGGCUACUGUAGAAUUAACAAUUAAAAAAAAUAGAUUAACUUACCAAUAAUAAUAAAUAAAAAAAAAAUUUUUUAAAUGUUAGUAGACCGGUUAUAUAUUAUGUGGUUUCACUGUUUGGAUGGUUUUGUCUGCAAACGAUGACAAAUAUUUGAUCAAAAAUCUGUUCACGCCACCUUAUACAAUUAUUAAAGUUCAUAAGCAAUUAAUAUUUUUAUGAAAACAUAUUUUAAGUUGUGAUUUACCACCACUGGCACAUCAUCGGACCUGUGGUCAUCGUAGCCCUGAGGGGCGUCCCCCCCCCCAGGCGUCUGUUAUUUUUCUGUAUUGAAGGUGGCAACCCUAGCAGUUCUGGUGUCUCUGUCUGUUUUUGUACAACAUCACAUGCAUUCACAUCAGUGUUAACUCUGCUUUAGAGUUACUCUCACGGGUCUCUGCACUUAUUCGCAGACACAAAAGUACAUUAUUUUUUAUGUGCUUAUGUUCUUUAAAGCUUUAUGUGCUGGUUAAAUGUUUUAAUUCAUGCGCUGGUCUGAUGUAUGCCUUUUCUGAGCGUUGCGUACACCUUCACCAAAAAGCCUGUCAAACAGCGCCUGAUCGCUGAACUAAAUUAUCUGUUGCGCUUAUACUGUCAAAACACAAGGUUUACAAAUAUACUCAGAUGGUUUGUGUAAAAUGAAAGUAAGCAGUUGAGAGAAAAAUGGAUGCGCACUUGUAAAUUAGAUGCAUGCUGGUCUUAAAGGGAUGGAACUUAAUAUGCAGUCUACUGUCAUUGGGGAUAGUUCACCCUAAAAUUUAAUUUCUGUAAUUAUUUGCUCACUCAUGUUGUCCCAAAGCUGUAUUCAUUUCUUUCUUACACUAAACACAAAAGGAAGAUAUUUUGAAGAAUAUGGGUAACCAAACAUUUGCUGGUCCAAAGUGAAUUUGAAUAAAUAAAUAAAGCGCAAUGGCAGAAUUGACAGACCGAUGACAAUUUGUAUUUUUGGGUGAACUAUUCUUUUAAGGGUAAUAAAAUGAAGUGCAAAGAGAAAAAUCACUCACUAUUCUUGACUUAAAAACAGUUGUAAUACAGUUGCUUUAGGUAUCAGUUUGUAUAGUGUUUUAUUUCUAGAUUUGUUCAUUAAAUUUAUUGAAUGCUAAGUAAACCUUUUGUAUCUGAAAAUAAGCCAUUAUUUGAUUUAUUAGUAGUUGUAGUUGUAAUGUGUAUCUGUGAUGGGUGCAUAGCCCACCUCAUGUUUAGCUUCUACCACCAUUUAUUUGGUUAUUGCUAUAUUUAAAUUUACUUUGUUUAUUGGUUAAUGUUUGAUUUAGUAAUUUGUUAUUUUUAAAUCCUCUUAUUUCUGAUUUAAAAAAAACACACAAAAGUAAAGAUUAUUUAAAAGUAUAUUGAACAUAGAAGGGUGCACACUUCUUAAGUUUCUUUGUUUGUACCUUACCUGAGUCCUAGAGUCUCUGGCCAUUGAGUGAAUGGUCACAUUCCAUGAGUCACCAACAUUUAAGUAAAUGUUAAAAUGCAUGUUUUGUUGUGAAGCUUUUUGUUUGGUAGAAGUUACAUAUUUAAAGGUUGUUCGUGCUACCCAGUCAGUCGGUUGAUCAUCUGGGCUGAUUUCAUUUCUUCCAUUGUAUUGUUACUCUGCUAGCAGGGCAGAUUUAUUCUUUUUUUAGGCCUGCUUUUCAAUUCAGUUAUUUUUCCUUUAUUUUAGUUGAACUUGUAAGAUUUAUGUUAAACUGGACUUUUGAUAUAUCUGCUUCUGUGGGUUUGAUUAACAUUUUUGUUAUUGUUUUGAUUAAAGAAUAAAUCAACCAUUUUUUCCCCCACAA